UCAACACUGGUCCACCUGUAAUCUCCUCGCCUGUCCGAGCAGUGGUAUUACCCCUGUGGUCGCCUGGAUUAAGAUUAGGAGUUUAGCAGCGAACAGCCUGCUCCUCAUUGUGUGAAGAAACGGACCAUGACCGCCAGCACCAUGCAAGCUGUCUACUGCUGUCUGAUUCUGUGUGUCCUCUUCGCUGCCCACAGUGAGGCACUGCAGUGCUACACCUGCAUGGGCUCCAGUGAUGAGGACUGUAACCGCCAGGGCUCCAAAACCUGCCCCAGCUACUCUGACGCCUGCGCCGUGGUCAAAGGCCAUGGAAGUGGAGUCAUGAAGUCUUGUUCCUACAAAUCUUUCUGUAACCAGGCCAACACUCAGGGCCACCGAGCCCCAGGGGUCAAAGUUCACUGCUGCUUCAGCGAUAACUGCAACGUAUCAGGCGGUGCCACAGGGUUCAGCAAUGGGCUCAACAUUCUGCUGGUCCUCCUGCCCAUUUCGCUACACCUCUUCUUCAUUUAACUGCCCCUGUUGCCCCCUCACACCCCCCACACCGUGUCAUCUUCCAGCUACGGGUUACCAGGCUACUCCCAGAACCUUGUUCAGACCCUCACGUACCUACCCCAAACGCUUCCUCCACACCCUGCCCGUGGGUGACACCCAUCGCAAACUCAUCUGACCCUGUCGCUGUAGCGCCCUCUACAGGCCAUACACGGCCACUCAGUUAUCAGUCAAAAAAAGACUAACUUCACGACUGGAGCACCCACCCCCCCUUUCCCUCCACCCUAUUGCCCCAUCCACUCCUAAACCCCACAUCUACCACAGAACAGGCCCCGCCUCCUGCCUGUCACUCAGAUCCCCACCAAUCACAGCCCAUAAACCCGUCAUUGGCAUUAUGAUGUCAGCCCUGUGACACCGGCCCCAGGCUGAACACUGUGCUGAGCUGUGCUGAAUAUAGAGGGUGCUCUGGGUUCGCAGUCCUCACACAGGGGGUUCACAGUGCUCACACAGGGGGUUCACAGCCAAAGGAGCAGUUGUGAAUUCUUCUAUUAACUUGAGAAUAUGUUAGCUGAACGCAGGUGGAACAGGCGAGAUGUGUAUUUAGAUCCCUUUUGCAAGAAAGGCGAAUGUGCUAGCACUUCCCUACCUGUUAAUUACUUAAUUUAACCUCUCUCACUGUGUGUUCUGUAUAUAUUAAUGUAUUUUUAACUCCAGCAACUUUGGCUUGCCAGGCUAAAAAAACUCACUAUGAGCUUUUUAAAGUCACAAGCCUCUUAGGCUCCCUGGUCAGGUGCUCGAGGCCACGCUAAUCCGGCCCUUCUAGAAGCUGUUUAAAGAUGUUUACAGUGUGAGCUUUUUACUGUAACUCAUCCCACAGCUGUCGGUUCCAGGACGCACUGCAUGCCAAACAAGCCUGGGAGAAGGAGAGAGAGAGAGAGGGAGGGAGGGAGAGAGAGAGAGAGAGAGAGAGAGAGGGAGGAUGGGAGAGAGAGAGGCAAAAUCAUGAGAAUCGCGAGGUGGUGCACAUGUAAGCCUGUGUCCUCAGGACCGCAAACACAAAUGUGACACUGCAAAACAAAGAGGGGCGAUGAAGAAAGAAUCCAUGUGGAAAGAAGUACAGAACCAAAGUGUGUUAAAGGACUGCAGGGAUUCAUUUACAGCACUUCACCGACAGAAUGCGUAGAAUUGAUUAUUUCCUUUCUUACUGCUUAAUGCUUACUGCUUUCUUUUUCAAGACUCCUUUUCCUACGUUUCCUCCUUGGAAAACCUUAGAUAUUGUUGAAAAACUGAUUACCUAGGAAUUAACCAGAUGUAUCAAUAUUUGUCAAAAUACCCCAUUUUGUCUUGCAAUGUUCUCC